AUGACGUCUGCUUAUUUCGGUGUAGCUGGCGGAUCGGGCGGCGGCGCGACAUCGCAAUAUCUCGGUGUGCCGGGCGCUGGAGGUGCUCCUAAGCCAGCGGGCAUCUCCGGCGGCGGCGGUGGCGGAGGAGGAGCUCCGGGACAAUCGGCCUACUUUGGAGUUGGAGGUGGCGGCGCGCCAGGAGGCGGCGGCGCCCAAUCGGCUUACUUUGCUGUCGGAGGAGCUCCAGUUAGCAGCGGCGGCGGCGGCGGCGGUGGCUGCUCUGCACCCCGUGAGUCUUCCAGAGAGUCUUUGAGAAAGAAAUGUGAAUUUUCAGCACCACCAAUUGGAGGAUCAUCAACGAUGACGGCUGUCGGCGGCGCCCCUGGCGGUCGUUCUACCAUGACUGCUGUCGGUGGUGCUCCAGGCGGCGCUUCGACCAUGACCGCUGUUGGAGGAGCCCCGGGCGGAGGUCUUGUUCUUGACCACCUUUCCUUGAAACUUUGGGGUUUCAGCUUCAACCAUGACUGCCAUCGGUGGCGCUCCUGGCGGCCGUUCUACUAUGACUGCUAUCGGAGGUGCUCCAGGCGGAGCUUCGACCAUGACCGCUGUUGGAGGAGUUCCAGCCGGAGGUCUUGUCCUCUGUCAUAUCCCUGUGAUCUUGAAGUUUUAGCUUCGACCAUGACUGCCGUUGGUGGUGCUCCAGGAUCUACCAUGACCGCUAUUGGAGGCGCUCCAGGAGGAGGUAAAUAAGAAAAUCAGGGCCCAGAAAGUGUAGCUUGACAGAACCCUUGUUGGAUAGAUAGCUAUCAUAUAUUCCUUGGUGGAGAAAUGUUUUAGCCUCGACAAUGACUGCCAUCGGCGGGGCUCCUGGCGGCCGUUCGACGAUGACCGCUGUUGGCGGCGCUCCAGGCUCUACCAUGACGGCUGUCGGUGCCGUUGCUGGAGGUACUAGAGCAUUUGUCUACUAAGGAAAUAUGAUGGCUACCAAAUUUCUCAUUUUGAGAGCUUCUUCAUUCAAAAUCUUCAGGUACAUCUACCAUGACCGCUGUCGGCGGAGUCCCUGGCGGAACUUCUACCAUGACUGCUGUCGGCGGAGUUCCCGGUGGAGCUUCUACGAUGACCGCUGUCGGUGGCGCUCCUGGAGGAGGUCAGAUCUCUUCCAAGUUUCCCAUGAGAUUGGAGAUUUUCAGCUUCUACCAUGACGGCUCUUGGCGGCGCUCCUGGCGGUGGCUCUACCAUGACUGCUGUUGGUCAGCCUGGUGGCGCUUCUGCCCUUGGCGCUCCUGUCGGCGGUACCUUGAAUAAAUCUCCGGUGAAACAUUCCAAUCUUCAGGCGGCGGCGGCGCUUCCUUCGGAGGCGGCGGCGGCGGUGGCGGCGGAGCCACGUCUGCCUACUUCGGCGUCGGUGGAGGCGGAGCCCCAGGAGGCGGCGGAGCCCAAUCGGCCUACUUUGGCGUCGGUGGCGGACCAGCUGGCGGCGGCGGUGGUCCCAAGCUUGGCGGCGGCGGUGGCGGAGCUCCGAUCCCCGGACAAUCUACCUACUUGGGAGUUGGCGGAGGCGCUGCUGGAGGCGGUGGAGCCACGUCGGCAUACUUCGCUCCCAAGUAA